AUGGCGCUUCAGCAGAAGCGCAAGAGCUCGACCUUUGAGGGGCAUACCAUCGGGAAGCUGCCCUUGGGAAAUAAAUGCUCUCAGAUCGACCUGCCGGGAGCAUGCACAGACACUGCCGCAGAGACCGGCCGCGAAGCAGACUUCAAGAGUCAGGAACCGGAGCCUGCUGACCUUUCACAGUCACAGCACAGCCACCAGCCGGCGAACCGAUCUUUCCGAUUUCGGAAGUUUUCGUGCUGCAGCUGCAAUCCUUUUCGAUCACUCGCUCGUCGCGUGCAGCUCGGAAAGUCAGCACCAUCGAUCAACCAGUUGUCAUUUUUUUCAAUAGCACCGAAGGGAGAGGCCAUGGUGACGCCAAUGCGUGGCACAGUCGCAGAUGUGAUCGGUUUUCAGUUGAAGCGAUACUUGCAGGAUCGUUGUGUCGACGGGAAAUCAUCACUGCAGCGCUUUGGCGAGAUUUCCACAAUCGUGCUCAGCCUUUUCCUUGUACUUCCCAUGCUCAGCUUCUUGGUUUGUGCGCUCAUCCCGCUGGAAUCACCAAAAGCUGGGUUUUGGUCCAAUUGGAGCUUCAAUCUCUUGGUCCACCCUGUUCUCAACUAUGUUAUCGCUAGGGGUCAGAUAGAGGUAAUGGCUCGUGCGUUUGGUCAGGAAGACCGCAUCCGUAUUCGCUGGAUUGUUCGCUUAACACCGCUGGCCGAUGUUGGUGUUUGCAUCUUGGCCCACCUGAUUGCAUCCUUCGCCGACGUUUAUCCCAUUCCGGUGUCACCGGCCACCGUCUGCAUUCCUGGUUGUUGGAUCUCCAUGGCUCUGUACUGGCAGCUGCUGCCACAGGAGAUCCUCACACCGCAGGUCCGGAGUUUCGUGAAGUUCAACUUUGCCAACUGGGCCUCCUGGCUCUCACAGUUCGUCCUAUUUGCCGUGUGGACCGUGAAGUUUCCUGCCAUGUCCGAGCACUUCCAGGCACUCAGCACUCUGGGAAUCGGCCUUCUUGUCGCCUUCUGUGGAUGGAUGACGCAGAAAUGUGGAGAUUGCAUGGGCCUGCCCAGGUUUCUACGUGCCGAGGUAAAGCUCUGCAUGUUCUUCAUCAGCCUCUUCUGCUCUGCAACGGUGAUGUCAUCGGUGAAAAGCAUGAGGGUGGUUUUCCUCAUCGCGGCCAUGGAUGCGGGCAAAGCGCUGGUGGUCACGGGGCAACUGCUAUGGGAGCUGGUUCAGGCCCUCGAAGAGGAGGACGGCCUUUACGGCCCUUCCGAAGAGGAUCCCGCAGCCGCGCCCGCAUCGCAACAGCCCAGAGAACGCGAGGUCGCAGAACAACCUCGGCGCUGCAAGAAGCUGUGCACUGAGUGGCAGAAGCUUUGGCUCAAGGCUGAACACAAGCUCAAAGUUGCAAGCAGAGUGGGCCAGAGGCUGCGAGGUGUUCUAGGACGAAUAGAGAGCGGAACCGAAAAGGAGAUGCACACUGCCGACAUUUGUCCUGCAGAUGCUCGGAUGCUGAACAUCUUGACACACUGCUGGGCCAACUUGGCCCUUAUUGAACUUUGCGAACUCCUCGUUCCCGUGCUGUACAUGAUAAUGGCAUCCUUUCUUCGGUAUGUGGGUGGCAACCGGAUCUACUUCCUGCAAUUCCGGCACGAGACCCUGACAGACUUUCAAGACGGCAUCGUGGGCAAUUCCAUCGCCGUAGCUAUCGAGGUGGUUGUCUUCCUAUGCCUGCAGAUCUGGCUUCUCCGCAUGUUCGGUAUCAACUUGUGGGAGUUUACAGGCACCCUGAUUCGCUUGGACUACUCCUUCUAUUUCUUUGCAAUGUCCGCCUGCUUGGUUGCCUUCUUGGCCAUUUCGACCGAGCAUUUCGGAAGCUGGGGUCUCAUGAGUUUGGUCACGUAG